CCAUUGGCCCCUGGACCCACUCGCCUCCCCGCCCUCCUCCUCCUCCUCCUCUUCUUCUGCUGCUUCUGCUGCGAGGAUGUGGUCGGUGGGCUGCCUGGCCCCUUCCCUCCGGGGACCCCUCUUCCUCUUCCUCUUCCUGCUGCUGCUGGGCGCCUCCCCCGGAGAAGGUGACUCCCCUCCAGAGGUGCGGAUAGGGCAGGGGUCCCUGCGGGGUCGCCGCAUGCGUGUUCCGGGCUCGGAGCGCCCCGUGGACAUCUUCCUGGGGGUCCCCUUUGCCCCCCCGCCCCUGGGCCCCCUGCGCUUUGCCCCCCCAGGAGCCCCCCCACCGUGGAAUGGAACCCGGGACGCCUCCCAGGCCCACCCACCCAUGUGUUUGCAGGAUCCAGUCAUGGGGCAAGGCCUGUCGGACGCAUUCACGAACAAGAAGGAGAAGGUCUCCCUGGAGGUUUCCGAGGACUGCUUGUACCUCAACAUCUUCUCUCCGGUCCAUGCGGACAAGAAGGCGAAGCAGCCAGUAAUGGUUUGGAUCCAUGGCGGGGGGCUUCAGCUGGGGGCGGCCUCCUCUUACGACGGGUCCACCUUGGCCGCCUUUGAGGACGUGGUGGUGGUGGCCAUUCAGUACCGGCUGGGCAUCCUUGGUUUUUUCAGCACCGGGGAUGACCAUGCGCCCGGGAACUGGGGCUUUCUGGACCAAGUGGCGGCUCUCAAGUGGGUCCAGGGGAACAUCAGACACUUUGGGGGCGACCCAGGAUCCGUGACGAUAUUCGGAGAGUCGGCAGGAGGCUUCAGCACUUCCGCUCACGUAUUGUCCCCUCUGUCCAAGGGCCUAUUCCACAGAGCCAUCUCCGAGAGUGGCGUGGCUGCCACGGACAUCCUCAUAGACCCCCACCCAGAAAAGCUUGCAAAGAAAAUUGCCAAAACUGCCGGUUGCCAAGCCUUCAGUUCUCCCGAGAUGCUCCGUUGCCUCAAGGCCAAGACAGCGGAAGAAAUCUUAGAGACGACUCUCAAGAUGGGCUUCACCCACCUGCAACUGGAGGACAAUACUCAGAAGACACUCUUCAUGCCUGCCGUGGUGGACGGUGCGUUUAUGCCGAAGCGCCUGCUGGAUGAGGAGGAGGUGGGCGGCAGCGGCGUGCCCGUCAUCAUCGGCGUCAACAACCAUGAAGCGGGGUGGCUUCUCCCCAAUAUGCUCGAGUUCCCAGAGUUAGACAAGGGCUUCGACAGGAAGACGGCCGAAUUCCUCCUGUGCGGCACUGCAAAGUCCCUCAUGACAAUCGACCGUGAACACUGCCACAUCAUCAUCAACGAAUACCUGAAGGAUUUCCAGGACCCCCUUCAGCUCCGGGACCGGGUCCUGGAAGCCCUUGGGGACGUGGUCUUAGUGGCGCCUGCUGUCCUUGCUGCCCGGCACCAUCGGGACGCCGGCCACCCGACCUACCUCUAUGAGUUCCAGCACAGCCCCAGUUGGCAGGUGGGCCUGAGGCCGGACUUUGUUCAGGCCGACCACGGCGAUGAGCUUUUCUUUGUCUUUGGGAAGCCCUUCUUAGCAGAUGAAGGCACUGACGAAGAGAGAAACCUUAGCAAAACAAUGAUGAAAUACUGGGCCAAUUUUGCUCGCAAGGGGGAUCCCAAUGGGGCCAGUCUAGUGGCCUGGCCCUCCUACGACCAGGAGGAGCAGUACCUGGACAUAGGCUUGAAGCAAAGGGUGGCCAAGAAGCUGAAAGAGGGGCGGGUUCGCUUCUGGAGCCAGACCUUGCCUGAAAAAGUCGCAGAAGGGAGAGAGGGGCACAGGGAGCUCUGAGCCCUUCCCAGUCCUCCUUCCCCCAUUGGGGCCCCCUGCCCCCCCCCCCAAAUAGGCUUCUCUGCGUCUGUGUCCAUCGAUCGCAGCCAGAUUCCAGAAGGAACAGAUGCCGGGAGAGGAAGGCAAGGAGAAGGGGGUGCAACAUUGGACUUGGUGCCUUUGAAUGAUUUCUUUGCUUUUCUGGUGAAAUCCCACCCCCUCUUUUUUUGGAACUCAUUUCUGUUCAAUCUGCUUCUUUCCAAAGCUGGAAGGACAUCUUCGAUGUUUCCGGUUUCUGUGUGUAACGGGAUCAGGCCAAGCAAUGCUUCAUCUUUCGAACGCUUUUCAUAAGUAAUAAAUAUAAAGAUAUC